AUGGUCGGCGGUGAUGAUGGGGACGGGCCCCCUCCGCCGCAGCACCCCCUCCCCAUGGCAGACACGUGGGUGCCAGGCCCCCAGCUGGCCCUGGAGGGGUCUCCGGGGGCGGAGGGGAAGCAGCAGGUGGUGUCACUCGUGGGGUCGGGGGAGGAAUUUCAGGGCGAGGAGUGGGGUGAGCCGGGGCUGGUGAGUCCGCAGCCGGGAGGCCUCUCCUGCUGGGGCCUCUCUGAGAAUCUUGUCCCUUUUGGAACGGGAUGUAAGCUGUGUGGCUGGACCGGCCCCCACAAGGGCACACCCAGGAGGGUGCCUUGGCACACAGCUCAGGACAGGAGCGUGAUCUUGAUCCUGACGAAGUAUUACCACGCCGACAUGGGGAAGGUUCUGGAAAGUUCUCUGUGGCGGUCCUCGGACUUCGGGACGUCCUACACCAAGCUCACCCUGCAGCCCGGUGUCACCACGGUCAUCGACAACUUCUACAUUUGCCCCACGAACAAGAGAAAGGUCGUCCUGGUGAGCUCCUCACUCAGCGACAGGGACCAGAGCCUGUUCCUUAGCACGGACGAGGGGGCCACCUUCCAGAAGCAGCUCGUCCCCUUCUCCGUGGAAACUCUGAUUUUUCACCCCAAGGAGGAGGACAAGGUUUUGGCCUACAGCAAGGAGAGCUCGCUCUACGUGUCAUCCGACCUGGGGAAGAAGUGGACAUUGCUGCGGGAGCGAGUGACCAAAGACCACGUGUUCUGGGCUGUGUCUGGGGUGGACACCGACCCCGACCUGGUCCACAUGGAAACCCAGGACCUCGGAGGAGGGUUUCGCUACGUCACCUGUCAGAUCCACAGCUGCUCCGACAAGACGCUGACGGCUUUGUUCCCAGGCCGCAUUGACCACAGUUCUCUGACCGUGCAGGACGACUACAUCUUCUUUAAGGCCACCGCAACAAACCGGACCAAAUAUUACGUCUCUUACCGUCGCAACGAGUUUGUCCUGAUGAAGCUUCCAAAGUACGCGCUGCCACAGGAUCUGCAGAUCAUCAGCACGGACGAGAGCCAGGUGUUUGUGGCGGUUCAGGAGUGGCACCAGACGGACACCUACAACCUGUACCAGUCGGACACGCGCGGCGUGCACUACUCGCUCGUCCUGGAGGACGUGCGCAGCUCCCGGCAGGCCGAGGACAGCGUGCUCAUCGACAUCCUCGAGGUGGGCGCCAGGCCUCCCUCCUCCUCCCUCUCCAGCGUCUUCGGCCACAUCAGCUUCCGCUCAGACUGGGAGCUCGUCAAGGUGGACUUUCGGCCCUCCUUCUCCAGGCAGUGCAGUGAGGAUGACUACGGCUCCUGGCACCUCAGCGACCUGAAGGGUGACCGCUGCAUCAUGGGCCAGCAGAGAAGUUUCCGGAAGAGAAAGCCCACAUCCUGGUGCGUCAAGGGGAAGAGUUUCACGUCUGCGCUGGAGGCCCGGGUGUGCCGGUGCCGGGAGUCAGACUUCCUCUGCGACUACGGAUUUGAGCGCGCUCCCUCCUCGGGGUCUGAUGCCAACAAGUGUUUUGCCAACUUCUGGUUUAACCCCCUGUCCCCGCCAGAUGACUGUGUUCUGGGCCAGACCUACACCAGCAGCCUCGGGUACCGCAAGGUGGUGUCCAAUGUGUGCGAGGGCGGCGUGGACCCGCGGCAGAGCCCGGCGCCGCUGCAGUGCCCGCUCACGCCGCCCCGGGGCCUGCGGGUCAGCAUCCGCGGUGACGCGGUGGCCGUGCGGCCGGGAGAGGACGUCCUGUUCGUGGUGCGGCAGGAGCAGGGUGAUGUCCUGACCACCAAGUACCAGGUGGACCUCGGGGAUGGCUUCAAGGCCGUGUACGUGAACCUCACGUCGACCGAGGAGCCCAUCCGGCACCGCUACGAGAGCCCCGGCGUCUACCGCGUGUCUGUCAGGGCGGAGAACGUGGCGGGGCACGACGAGGCGGUGCUCUUUGUCCAGGUCAACUCCCCCCUGCAGGCCCUGCACCUCGAAGUGCUUCCUGUCGUCGGCCUCAACCAGGAGGUGAACCUCACAGCCGUGCUGCUGCCCCUGAACCCCAACCUCACCGUCUUCUACUGGUGGAUCGGCCACAGCCUGCAGCCCUCGCUCUCCUUGGAGAACUCUGUGACCACGCGGUUUGCAGACACGGGGGACGUGCGUGUGACUGUGCAGGCCGCCUGCGGAAACUCGGUGCUGCAGGACUCCAAGGUGGUCCGCGUGCUGGACCAAUUUCAGGUAGUGCCUCUGCGGUUUUCCACGGAUCUGGAUGUGCACAACCCCAACACCCCUGAGUGGAGAGAGGACGUCGGCCUGGUGGUGACCCGGCUGCUCUCCAAGGAGACCAGCGUCCCCGAGGAGCUGCUGGUGACCGUUGUAAAGCCGGGGCUGCCCACCGUGGCCGACCUGAAUGUGCUCCUGCCCCCUCCCGGGCCCGCGAGGAAGAGGAAUCUCACAAGUGACAAGAGACUCAUGGCCAUCCAGCAGGUGCUGAAGGCACAGAAGAUCAGCUUCCUCCUGCGAGGUGGGGUCCGGAUCCUGGUGGCCAUGAGGGACACAGACACAGAUUCUCAGAGGCUGGGAGGCGGUGGCGGCUACUGGGCCGUGGCGGUCCUCGUGGUCAUCGGGCUCUUCGCGGUGGGCGUGUUCAUCCUCUACAAGUUCAAAAGGCAAGGCCACUCAGCCGGUCGCUCUGUCAGGUCGGGCGUGAGGUCGGGCGUCGGGCAGGGGCUUUCCGGCAGGAUCCUCGAUGGGCUGCGGCGGGGAGGGCGCGAGGCCGGACGGGCUCCAGGUUCCAAACGGCCGAGGUCCCGGGAGGCGGGGGGGCGGCCAGCGGCUCACAGCGCCACGACCGUCUUCCACCCCCACCUCCUGUCUGCCGACAUCCCAGUCUUAUCUCACGUGGAGGGAGGCCCCGCCCAUUUCACAGGUGAGGAGAUCCAGGCUCAGAGAGGUCGUGUAGUGUGCCCAGGGCCACACAGCUGGUGAACAGAGGAGGGGGAUCUGAGCCGGGCUGGUCCAGACUUCCUCCCGCACUCACCAUCCCUGCCCCCAGCGCCCCAGCGAGGAGAGGGCGGGAGCUGGCGGGGGGCUCUGCUGAGGCCAGGAGGGGUUGCAAGCAUAGUAUGCAGUCCUCAGUGGGGACUGCGGGGACUCUCGUCCCCUCUGGGCCCCAUCUGUAAAAUGGGUUUAAUAACCCACCGUGCUGGGGCCCCAGGCCGCCCUGGAGGGGCUGGUGAAGCUGAACUUCCCCGGAUCCUGGACCUGAGAAUGAGCAAAAUGAACCAGACAUGUCCCAGACUCAUUCUUCAAAGGGCGGCUUCGAGUUGUGACCUCACUGCUUCUCCUGUCUUGAUGGCUCAGGUCCAGCGGCCUCAGGGUCGCCCUUCGGGACAGUCCAAGACACGCUGACCCUUCCCUUCGUGCUCCUGGGAGGCCAAGGGUCCCUCCUCCCACCCCAUCUUUCCCCCAGGCCCUGCGCCCCACUCACCCGUCUCCAGACGCCUCCCAGCUCCUUUGGUCGGUCUUUUAAGUGGUGACCAUAUGUGCACCCCGCUCCUCUGUGUGGGUCCCCAGCUUUGUUGUUCCAACCGAACAGUCCCAACUGUUUAUCAGUCCCAACCGAAUGGGCGGCCUGAGGCGCUCUGAGAGUGUAUAACAGGGACCUGAGCUGGUCUGGAGAAUCUGGGAGGACUUCCCUAAGGAGGGGAUUUCUGAGUGGGGAUCCUGAAGGAAAAGUAGGAACUUGCUGAGCAGAGAGGCUAGAACAGGAGCCAGGCUGUGGCCUUUCUUGGUGUCUGUGCUUGUAGAGGCACUGGUUUCUGGUGGACAGGUCCACCUGGGUGUCCCCCCGCUGGCCCCUCAAGUUCCAAUCAAACUCGAGAUCCUUGCCCCAAAAAGCCUCUCUUGGACGAAGGACACAGCCCUCUGCCGGGUGCCGGGGUCAGGAACCCCACCUCCUCCCUGUCUGCUCCCUCCCCUCAGCCUGGGUGACAUGGCCUGACACCCACAGCCACUCUGAAAGUGGGAUUUGUCACAGCUGGGACGUGGCCUCUGAGACCAGGAUUUCUGGGGCCAAAGGCAGGGCCCCUCCCCACCCCAAACACAGCCAGGCUAAAGCAGGUACCGGCAAAGCCCCAGGGAAUGUAACUCCAGGCCCUCCCCCGGGCCAGGGCAGAAGGGCCCCCUUGCUGGCCAAGGCCCCUCCUGGGCCCCCCUGAGCAGUCUUCAGGCGCAUGACAGAUGCGCUUGGCGCCUUAAGAGGCAGGUCACACCCCCCUGGCCUCCACGGUGUGAUCGUGGGCCAGGUGGAGAGCUGCUGACUGUAUUCUGAUCGAGGCGGGGGUCCCGUGAUUUCCGUUACAAGAGUGUUCUCAGCCUCAAAGCUCUGCCGUCUUCCCCUCCCGACGCCAGAUGUCCGAUGUCCGUGGUGCUGGCCCCAGGCCCACAGUCCACACGGGUACCAGGCUGAUCCCCGAGGCUCAGCCAGGAGGGGGCCUGAUGUUUACCUGGAGGCACACAGGGCUGCCUCCCAGUCCCCCUCCCCCCAGUUAAAGGGCGUCCCUGCUCUCCCUGCACACUCCGUUCUCACUGUCCCAUGCUGUGCCAAGUGCUGCAACACUUCAGUUCCCCCAAAGACGGGCCACAGAGGUGUGGCCGCGCCAGGUAGGACUCGCUCAGAGCCUCGACUUCCAGAUCUGUGGAAUGGGCACGCUGGUUCUCCCAAGGGUGUGAAGAGCGGGUGUCCUGCCAGCCCCCCUCUGCCGCACACGUGUGGGGUGGGGACCCGGUGUCCUGUGUAUUUGCAGAGAUUAAAGGAAAAAGCAGAGACUUCCAGCCACGUC